AUGUUAUCAAAAAAGAGAUUUAUUAUUUUAUCAAUAUGUUUAGUAUCAAUAACAAUUUUAGUAUUUGUAUUUCUUAAAUAUUCUAGUACCUCUAAGCCUCAUUCAAAUCCAUUAAUUAAAAUAUCUCUAAAAGAUACUGUAUUAGAUAAAUUUGAUACUGAUAUUGCAUUUGAAGCAUAUGAAAAAAUACAUGAGAAAAUUAACUUUACUAAGGAAGAAUUCGUAUUUAUGGCUAAAGCUUAUUAUUGUAUUUACAAAAUACCAAGAAAUAUAUUAGAGAAAUAUUUUAUAGAUUGUUUUAAUGAAUAUGCAAGCAAAUCAUAUAAAGGUUUUUCUCGUGAAGAAAAAAAAGAAUUUAUGAUUAAAAGUAUUGAUAAAAUGCUUUAUUUAUUAGAUGAGAUUUUUACUUAUAGUCAUAAAGAAGAAUUUUUUGCGAAUGCUGUUGAAUUACUGAUGUGCAAGUUUAAAAUACUUAAACCAGGCGAUGUACCUAAGGUUAAAAUAUUACAAAAAAAAAUCGGUAUUUUAAAUUCAAGUUUUAACAGUAUUUUAGAACAGGAUUUGAAAAGUGAAUUAACCGAAAAAAAACAUAAAAGAGGAAUAUUAAUGUUAUCAUACAUUGAAAUUGUAUUAAAUAUGGUAUUUUAUGACUAA